GUUAUUCUACUAAUUAUUUUUCAAUAUGCCACUUGCGAUUGCCUUUGGAUCCGCCUCCGAGUUCAGCCAUGGCGACGCCCUCAAGGCGGCGCUCGCUGAGUUCAUCUCAAUGCUUAUUUUCGUUUUCGCCGGUGAAGGUUCCGGCAUGGCUUUCAACAAGCUGACGGACAACGCUUCGACAACACCGGCUGGCCUAGUGGCGGCGGCACUGGCUCAUGCCUUUGCACUGUUCGUGGCGGUUUCAGUUGGCGCCAACAUCUCCGGCGGCCACGUCAACCCUGCAGUCACUUUCGGUGCCCUUAUCGGCGGCCACAUUACUCUCGUCAGAAGUGUCCUCUACUGGAUUGCCCAGUUGCUUGGAUCAGUCGUCGCCUGCUUGCUUCUUAAGUUCUCCACCGGAGGAUUGACAACAUCUGCAUUUUCCCUUUCCUCCGGCGAGGGUGCAUGGAACGCAGUCGUUUUGGAGAUCGUGAUGACCUUCGGUUUGGUCUACACUGUCUACGCCACAGCAGUUGAUCCCAAGAAGGGCAACAUUGGCAUAGUUGCUCCCAUUGCCAUCGGUUUCAUCGUGGGCGCUAACAUCUUGGCCGGCGGUGCCUUCGACGGUGCAUCCAUGAACCCCGCCGUCUCUUUCGGCCCUGCCGUUGUCAGCUGGAGCUGGGACAACCACUGGGUGUACUGGCUCGGCCCCUUCGUUGGUUCUGCCAUCGCCGCCAUUGUCUACUCUGUCUUCUUUAUUUCCCCAAGCACACAUGAACAGCUUCCAACCGCUGAAUUCUGACUUUUCUUCUAUUUCUCAGAAAAAAAUAGUUGAGAAUUCAAGUGGGUUUCAGCUUUCAAGUUUGAGAGUGAUUUUGUUGUUGUUUUUAUUUGUAUCUCCACUGUUAAUUGUUGAUGAUUUCCAUUGAAGCUGUUCGUCAAUAAUUUGAUAUUGAUUCU